GUGAGGAAGUCUCUUUCCACACGACAUCGAAUCCGCAUAACAAAGUCAACGGCAUUCUCUGCUUGAAGGGGGAUACAGAGCCGAGAAUGACCAACCACAUGUACGAGUUUGGCGGCCCGUGAGUUGUCCCCCUUUCCCCCAAAACCAUUGACUGUGUGCGCCGACUGGCAUUUGGCCACACCAGACUGACACUCAUGCUCCCCCUAUAUCAGGCCCGGCGCCGCGGCAAUCGUCUUUGGGCUGCCGCUCUUGCUGAACUUUCUUUUCUUCACGUGCAACGACGAGACGGGCUGCCCUGCGCCGGCUCUGCUGAGCCCGCGGACUCUGUCGUGGGAAGAGUUGAAGAGGCAGAUUCCGUGGCCGGAAGAGGGCUUGGCUGGCUUUGUCAAUUGGGAGACGACGGCUUGGGUUGCCGCCUACUACCUACUCAGCUUAAUCUUGUAUCGCAUGCUCCCUGCGCAGGAGGUAUAUGGGACGAAGCUGCGCGAGUCCGGCCUCCCUCUCAAGUACCGCUUCAAUGCCUUUUACACCACGAUAGUCCAGAUGGUGGCCUGUGCCGUAGGAACGGCUCUCUACGGUGCCGAUUUUGUCUUGUGGACAUUCAUCGACCGCAAUUACUUGCAGAUCCUGACCGCCAAUAUCCUGCUGGCCUACUCCAUCUCGGCUUUCGUCUACGUGCGCAGCUUCGGCGUCAAGCCCCGCAAUGAGGACAUGCGAGAGCUCGCCAGGGGCGGCGCCACGGGCAGCCUCAUCUACGACUUCUACAUCGGCCGCGAGCUCAACCCUCGCGUUACCCUACCUCUCGUGGGCGAAGUCGAUCUCAAGGCUUGGCUCGAGAUGCGCCCUGGCUUGACCGGAUGGCUGCUGCUCGAUCUCGCCUUUGUUGCAAAGCAGUACCGCCUAUACGGCUACGUGUCCGACAGCAUCGUGCUGGUGGCGCUCGUGCAGGGCUACUACGUGCUUGAGGGACAGUACGCGGAGGCAGGUAUCCUCGGGAUGAUAGACAUUACGACCGACGGCCUGGGGUUCAUGCUCGCGUUCGGGGACAUUGUAUGGGUGCCGUUCCUGUACUCGACGCAGUGUCGCUACCUGUCCGUGUUCCCCGUCCGCCUGGGCUGGGCCGGCAUCGCCGGCAUCGCGCUCGUCUUUUCCACGGGGCUGUGCAUUUUCCGCUCGUCCAACAACCAAAAAGCCCUGUUCCGCACCAAGCCCGACCACCCCAGCGUCAAGGGUAUGCCGUACAUACAGACCAAGCGCGGCACGAGGCUGCUCACGGGCGGUUGGUGGGGUGCCGCGCGUCACGUCAACUACUUUGGUGACUGGAUGCAAGCCCUGCCGUUCAGCCUGCCGACGGGCAUCUCGGGCUAUUUGAUCCUGCCUGCAGGCGGAGCGGCCGCUGCGGUGGGCGCGACGACUGGGGCUCUGCAGAUGCUUGAUGGACGGGAGGUGGUUCAGGGUCCCGCACGGGGAUGGGGUAUGGCGUACACGUACCUGUACGUCGUGUACUUUGCUGUGCUGCUGAUUCACAGGGAGAGGCGAGAUGAUGCUCUGUGCGCCGAAAAGUAUGGCGAGGAUUGGGACAAGUAUCGGAGGACUGUGCGGUGGAGAAUCUUGCCGGGCGUUUACUAGUUGAAGUCUCUCAAGUUGAUGACAAGAUCAAGAACCCAGUGCUGCGGCUCCGAUCUCACAUCGAAUAGGUCUCGGGCACAGAGAGACAGCACUUGGCCAUAUGUAUCAUUAUAUCAUAUACAAAAGACGUUUGAACACAUAUUGAGCCC